GCACCUGACACAAAGAAUUAUAGACUGUCUUGAUGACAUACAAUUUGUGCUUGACUCGGUCGUUCAACUUGAUGUGAUCGUUGGGUGGGCACGGUACAACUCCUGGAUGGGAGGAUGUCGUCUACAGUUUGUGGAUGCCGCUGAGGUCAGUAACAAUGCCGCAAGCUUGUCUCCUAGUAAGAGAGAGGGAGAGAGAGAGGGCAACGAUGCUCAUGGGGAAGCAGUGGCUCUGGCAGCAGGUGGGGAGGGGGACGCAGUUGUGGCCAAAGGCAGAGGAACUGCGGAACCAGAUGGGAACGAUGGGACCACAUGGGUCUUGUGUUUGGAGAAGACGCGGCAUCCUCUGUUGAUGCAACAACAUCGCGAGGGCAUUCGGAAAGCCAGGGGUCGAGCCAAAAUGAAAGAGCGGGCGACGAUGAUGGCGAAGAUGAGGGGUGGGGGUCUAUAUGUGGUGACGGAAGCAGAGCAGACAGCAGCGGAGGCGGAAACAGAGGCAGAGGCAUUGGCAACCACUCCACCAGUCCCUAUUGAUGUUUGCGUGCAAAGAGGAGUCCGCGUUGUGAUCAUCACUGGACCCAACACAGGUGGUAAGACUGCAUCUUUGAAAACGAUCGCACUUGCGACACUGAUGGCCAAAGCUGGGUUGUAUGUGCUGGCACAAGAUCCUGUCCGUAUUUCGUGGUUUGACAAGGUGUUGCCAGACAUCGGGGAUGAUCGGUCACUUUCUCAGAGUUUGUCGAUGUUCUCUGGGCACAUUCGCAGAUCGAAGGCGCAGCGCUUGGGAUCUCACUUCUUCAGUCGUUUGCACAAAAAUGGCCCGAGCGGGUCUCUUCUCGCAAUGUCCACCACACAUCACGGGGAGUUAAAGGCUCUAAAGUAUGUCGAUAGCCGAUUUGAGAAUGCUUCUGUGGAAUUCGAUGUAGACAAGCUUGCCCCAACUUAUCGCCAGCUUUGGGGCAUUCCAGGUCGGUCAAAUGCACUGAACAUUGCUUGGAAGCUCGGCGUACUGAUGUCGAUCAUUGAUGAGGCAAGACGGUUGCAUGGAUCAACGAACGCAGAGGUGAACGAGGUAAUCAUGAAUAUGGAGAACGAGCGGCGUAGGUAUGAAGGGACAAUCUCUCAAGCAGAAGAGCUUCUGGAAGAGGCAGAGAGGAUGCAUUCCGAUGUCAAGCAGGCCGUGCUGCGGCUGCAACAACAUCAAGCUGAAUUUUUGUUGCGAAGAUCAGAUGAAAUCCAGAGUGUCGUUCAGGCAACACAGUCCUCUAUCCAGUCGUCACUUAGGAAAGCGAGGAACAAACGCCGAAAGCAACUUGCAGCACCUGUGGCAAAAGAGUCCAGCGAAGGACAACAAAGGGAUGAACAACCCGUCGGCAUGGAUCGAACAAGGGGCCCUUCACAACAAGACGCGAACAAUAAAGCUGAUAGCAAGUCCUUGGCAGACGAGGAAACUCUUAGGCAAGAAAAGGGCACCAUGGAUAGAACUGAAGGAGCAGCUGCAACCACAUUUAUGUGCAUCCCAAAGGUAGGGGAGAUGGUAGUCGUGCAGCGACUGAAAAUGGAGGGGCGAGUCUUGACGUUGUCCGAAGCCAAGAAGGAGGUGACAGUACAAUUUCUCGACAGCUCCAUUAAGGAGCUGAACAGACGAGCCAGGAUUUACCUAUGGACAGGAGACCCCAACAAAGACAAGGGCAUAUCUAAGAUAGCCUGGCACUACGUCACAAGGAGGCCACGAGAUGGGGGCCUAGGAAUCAUUGACCCCGGAACAGAAACGAAAGCUCUGCAAAUUAAAUGAAUCAUCAAACUGCUGAUGAAUCCGGACAGCGCCUGGAAUAACUUGGCACUGGACAGUAUCAGAUCGGUAGCUCCCGUUCCCUCCCCGAACGAUAUGUCAGGCCUAUUUUGGGUAAUGAACAAAGAAUGGGUGAUAUCUACAGGAUGGAGGAAUCAGACGAGGAAUAACAGACCCGAAGACCAUCGGUCGCCCACCCCCUACUGGCCGGCAUUGCUUCGAUCGUGGAGGAAAAUAAUCCCUAACAAGAUAAACAAACCUAAAUCUAAAGAUGAAGUACGAAGACAACCGCUCUUCGGCAAUGAAUGGCUAACAAACGA